GAGAAACUCAGAAACUUUUAUCGCAAUACUUUUGUCGCCAUUCAACCACACGCCAAGAUGAAGGUCCUUAGUCUCAAUUUCUUAACGUGCGCAGUCAAGGCUUGCAAAAGCUCAUCAAAUUCAUAUCCGUUGCAUCCCAAGGAUGCAGAGUUGGUACAGGACGACAUCGAAGUGAAUGCCGAACUUUUGCUGAAUUUGCUGCCCCGCAUCGAUUGGACGGCCUUGUCGACUACUACCACUGAGCUUGGUUUCCCAGCCUUGCCGCCGCAGCCCCCGUCCGUGGAGGAGCUGCAAGGCGACGAGAAGACGAUGAAAGAUUUGCACAAUCUGCUCAUGGAGACGCAGAUCAUGGAGGGUAAACUCGUCUGUGCAAACUGUGGUCACGAAUACGCUGUCCGCGAGGGUAUCGCCAACUUCCUGUUGCCGAGUCACUUGGUCUAAGGGAAUUCUCAACUCUACGAACUAAGCUUGAAAUGAGGCCAUUGAUACCACUAAGGCGGCCGAAGGGUUUAUGAAGGCGUUCCGGAGUCAAACAAAAACGCGAACGGGAUACGGACGUGUGAUCAGGAUGUAUGGUGGAAAUAUCAUGGGCAAGGGGAAA